AUGGAAAAGAUUGAGAUAACAGUAUUUCUCAAUGGCCACUUGACACAAAAAUGUAAAGUUCCUAUUCGAUCAAACAUGAAUGUAACCGAUUUAAUCGCAGAAUCAUCUGAAAAAUUAAGCCUUCGCACUAAAAGAUCUUUCAAAAUUUUUGAUUCAACAGGAGAAGAGAUAUCAGAUGACGAUAUGGAAAUGCUGAACCCAGAUGAGCCAUUAUUCUUAUCUCGUGGAGAAGAAUUCUUGCGCCAGUCAAGUAUGGCUAUUUAUGAUGAAAUUAAAAAAUUAGGAGAAGGCGGUUUUGGAUCGGUGGUCCUUUAUAAGAACAAAUUAACGAAAGAAGAAGUAGCAAUAAAGUUUGUUAGCUAUAAAACUUUGGUCUCACAUGAAGAUGUAAGUAGAGUUUACGCAGAGAUGGUCUUAUUAAGAAGUCUAAGACAUCCAAAUAUCGUUAAAUUAAUUGAUGCAUUUCCUUUGGACCAGCAGCUUUGUUUUGUGAUGGAAUACUGCAGUGGAGGAGAGCUGCAAAAAUAUGUCGAAGACAAAGGAGCGCUAAAGGAAGAAGAAGUUUUUAAUUUAGGCUCACAAAUAAUUGACGCAGUAAGGUACUGCCAUAACAAUAAAGUUAUACAUAGAGACUUGAAGCUAGAAAACGUUCUUUUUUCAAACCAGAAUAAAAAUACCAUAAAAAUUGUGGAUUUCGGAAUUGCAGGGAUGUUUAGCAUUAGUGGGAAAGGAGAAAAGUCAGAUUCGGGAAGCUUAUUGUACACAGCUCCAGAAGUGAUUUCGAGGAGUGAUAACAGAGCAUCCCCAGCGCUUGAUAUAUGAAGCUUAGGUUGCAUUUUAUAUGCAUUGCUGACUGGAAACCUCCCAUUCCAAGGCAACACAGUAGCUCAAGUAGUCCAAAAUAUUAUUAAUGUAACUUAUCCACCACUGCCUGACUCAGUUUCUCCUCAUUGGAGGCAUUUACUCACAAAUAUUUUUCAAAAAAAUCCAGAAAAGCGAUGAAAUAUGAUAAAAAUAUCAAAUCAUAUUGAUAAAUAUAGGUAUGGAGGGCCAGAUGAAAAUAUUCGGAUAAGCAGCGAUGAAGAGAUUCAUGUAAUUAGAAAAGAGAGAGAUUACGAGAGGGUUAAAAUGGAGUUUAUUUCAGCCCCUAUCCAGUCGGGGCUUAGAAUCGCGCUCAUAUGGAGCUAAGUAUGAAAACCAUCUAACGCCUUUUUCUUCCCGGCCACCAAAAAUUGUGACGCUGUCAGCCAAACGGGGAGGCUCACUCGAACCUGAAUAGACAAAAAUUUUGCAGCACAGGACUCUCUUAACCCCUGGUAAUGCUAACGGUAUGAGGGACGCGUCCGAUGCCUUUCUGAAACUAUCUCUGCCAUUAAAGGCAACAUAUACCCCUCCAGAAGUGCCCGAUUGGUGCUGUGCCCUUGGCUCUCUUUUCUGUAGGUCGAGGGAGUGAGCCAGCCCAAGUCUGCACCCCACUCGGAAAUCACUGUGAAUCCAUGGCCAAGGGGGCCACCUUUUGAUUUUUUGGUCCAAAUUCUGGUUUUUUGUCGCUCCAAAGGCAACUAGUUGCCAUGGUGGCAAUGCUUCUUAAUUAGAAAAGAAGAAGCAAAAAAAACUUUUGUAAAUAAAAGAAUCAUAAUUCGCGAUGCUCCUCCACCAAUGAGAAAAAGUCUUCCUGCUGGAAACUUAAAGCCAAACAUAAAGCGAAGGUCAUCUAUUGAUGAAGCAAAACCGAUUUUUUUAAAUAAGCCUGAAGUAAAGAAGCCUUUACAACGUAAAAAGUCAAUAUCAGCUCAAAAAAGUAAAGCUCCAACAGUCAUGGGAAGGAGUUCAAGUGACGCUGCACUGAAGAAAAGCCCGUAUUCAAUUCCAUUAGAGAGAAAAAGAACCAAAUUCUUUGUUUAA